AUGCCAGAAGGCGGAGGUCCCAUGCACCUUCUUGACCACACGAAAGCCGCGAGGCGUGUUGCCGAGGCGAAGCAGCGCGCUGCCACCGCCAGCACCAGUGACGAGCCUCAGACGCCAACGACGCCUUCCUUCGUCGCACUCGCAAGCCCCAGCAACACCACCACCACCACUACCGCCACUACGAGCUUCCCACAGACACAGACACACCAGGUCCACCAACCCCAUCGGCUUCAGCAGCUACCCGUCGGACAUGUGUCCAUCACAGACUUUGUGCCGGAAUACACGCUCAAGAUUAUCAUUGACGACUUCUUCGACCGCGUCUAUCCCGUGCUUCCCAUUGUGCACGUCGCAACAUACCAAGCCGCCUUUGACGCGCGAUGCUAUGAAACCGACCCCGUAUUCCUACGCCUGACCAUAUCCCUCUGUGCCGCCACGGUGGCGUCCAUUCCCCGAAGAAUCACAGUCUAUGGCUCGUCCCUGUACGCCGAUGUCGGCCAGAUGGUCGACAGAGCAUCCCAGCUCAUCCUACUGAGCCGCCUGGGGAGCGAGCCCUUGUGGCAGGACCAGCCCACAAUGGACACCAUGCUGGUGUCGCUGGCCAUGACCAUCGCCGCUCUCUACGCAGGCCGCACGGCUUCUGGGUGGAGCUAUGCCGGCGAGGCCAUCCUCUACUUCCGAGCCCUGGAGCUGUACAAGAAGGCCAGCUACCUGCGCUUCACCCCCAUUGAGGCCGAGAUGUGCAAACGGGCUUUCUGGUUGUUAUUCAUCUUUCAGAUCCACGACCGAAUGUCGUUUGUCAUCCCUCACACCGGCCUCAGCUAUGACCCGUUGUCGACUGAUUGGGACUUUUUGCUCCCGCUGGAACUUGCCGACGACGAGAUUGGCCACCGGGCUCUGGACCAACUGCCCGGUCAUGCGCCCCGCGAUCGGCCGUUGCCCAUGAUCUCAGGCUUCAUUGCCUUGAUCAAGGUGUUCCUCUGCAUCGUCGACCUCCUGCACAAGGCUUUCCCCGGUCCUCCACAGGCAUACCACCUGUCCUCUGGCACGCUUGUGCCGCUUCUCCUCGACAACGACGAGCGACAGAAACCGAAGUUUCAAGGCUCAAUACCUACGUUGGACUCUCUUUUCCACGUCAUGACACGACUCAACACGACGCUGAGCAAUUUGCCGCCUGAGCUUCGAAUGCCACGCCGACGAGGUUCGCCUGCGACGUAUGACGCCGAACGAGGUGCUUUACCCGCCGUGUCACCCCAAUUUGACAUCAUGCGAGCCAACGUUCACAUUACGAGCAUCUACCUGCAAUCCAUGAUCCUGGAAAUGUGCCUCGACAAAGUUGAGCUAUCUGACCACGGCGCAAGAGCCGGCAGCCAAGGGACCUCGCCAGCAAGCGACCCGGCUACGCCCGAUACUUCCGCCCGCGAACAACUAUGGCAACUGAAGGAAUCUGUUGCCCGGGAGCUUCUUGACGUUGUGCAUUACUGUUCAGCCUGGACGCUCGAGUCGAACGGCUCGUCGAUGAUUGUCAAGAUUCGAGAGAUUGCAGCCACGCUGCUGGAACGCAGCGAGGGCUCGGGCGUUCUCAGCGAUGUCGAACGACGCAGCCGCGAGUAUAUCGCGCAGUUUGUCGAGAUAUUGGCAAACCUGGACUACGCACCGAGAUCUCUGGUUGGUUUCCGAUGA